UUGGGCAAGUCGAGCGUCGGCGCGCGUGGCGCGCCGAUUCCGGCUGGUUCGCGCGCGGACGGGGAGGGCAAGGACGCGCCGGGGACGUUUAAAAAUGAACUCGAGCGGCGCUUGGCGAAACGCGCGGAUCGACCGCGGUGCGAGGUGUGCCAGAUGGACUUUACGAGCGACGCGCAGUACGCCGAGCACGCGCGCGGGAAGAAGCAUUUGAGCAACGUGCGAAGCGCUGCCGGGGGGGGUGGCGCGAGCGGUGUUGGUGGGCGGAGGUACGUGAAACCACCUCCUGGACCACACUGUGAAUUGUGUCGCAAAGUGUUCACGAGCGAGGCGCAGCGGGCGGAACAUGUUCAAGGGAAAUGGCAUCGCCAACGCGUCAGCGGGGAGCUGCCACGUUCGAACAAACCGUACUCUUAG